CAUGGCUGGACCUACAACUCCCACUCUCAUCGUCCCUGGAGCUGUCGGUAGAGAAGAUGGCAGCGACACUGCCACCUGCUUCCUCGUCGUCCUCACAACAGACCAUCACCACUCGCCUUCACAUCUCUGGACUCUCACCCACACUCUGCUCCCUUCAGGACCUCACCAAUCGCUUCACACCCUACGCAUCCGUCCUUUCCAUUUCACACUGGCCACCCACCAAUGACGCACUCGGACAGCCUCACAACUGGGCAUUCGUCACUCUCAAUGGUAGCAGGGACAAAAUUAGGAAAUGCGUCAACACACUGAGCGGCACCGUCUGGAAGGGCAGCAAAGUCCGGAUUGGGGAAGCGAAGAAGGACUUUAAGGGAGGCUUUGGGGAGGGGAGUGAGCAGGUAGAGGGCUGGGCGAGACUUAAUGAAGAUAAGAUCAAAGCUCCAGCUGAGGGACAAGACGGUUGUGAAGAUGGUGAAGGAGAAGAGAAGAAGAAAAAGAAGAGGAAGAGGAGAAUUGCCAAUGGCAGGGAGGAACAAAGAGUUAGCAGAGGACAGAUCAUUACCGAAGAGGACGUAAAGGCGGGUAAAGUCUGGGGCUGGCGCAUUACUCCAGCUGGUCACCUCAUCCGGCCCCUUCAGAUGAGACCCACCCACCCCCUCCCUAUUGCUACCGCCCCAACGCCCUCUGCGUCCGCCUCAGCUUCCAAGACGAAGCGCCGGAAAAAGGCCAAGGAGCCGGCCGCACCCAAAUCAGCCACAAUCAGUCGAGCAAAGAAUCAGCUGAUAGACCCUGCGAGGUAUGGGGCCAUCCAUCUCUCUGGCGAGACACUAGAGGAAGCGGCUAAUGGCCAAGACACAAUGGCAGGCACAGGCGAGCUAUGGGUCUGUGAGGAGGUGGAAGGAGAGGAAGGCAAGGUACGAUGGGUCAGAAGCGGUGGUGAACAGGUGGAAGAGGUACGGACUGCAGGCUACAAGGCAGUGCCUCAAGAGUCUCUCGCCCCUCUUCAGCAAGAAGUGGAGCAGAGAUCGGAGGUCAGCUCGAGCUCGAGCUCGAGCUCUUCGUCUGCUUCUACCAGCUCAGAGUCGACUUCGGACUCGGACUCGGACUCGAGCUCGGAGUCAAAUUCAGACUCGGACUCCCAUGUCGAUAUGAGCAAGCCUAUCAAAGCUGUCAGCGCAGCUCAACCUUCUAUCGCUGAGCCGCUGUUCUCUGCUCAGCCUGUAGCAGUUGGCAACGACGUCACCGAAGAUGCGGACAGCUCCGAUGAUGAUGAUGAUGAUGAUGAUGAUGAUGGCGGCGACGACGACAACAAUGAUGAAGACGUUGCCGACGGCACCUUUCAGCUCUCUCACUAUGACCCGCAAGAAGACGAUGCCUUCUCAGAAGGGUACAACGAAGAUGCCCUUCCGGCCACUGCUGCGGUACGUCAGACGAUCCCUCUGGCGGAGAAGACGCCGCAAGAAAAGGAGAGAGAACUCAAGCUGCUCAAAGAGAUGUUCGGCAGCAGUGGGCUCGUGAAAGUCGACGGAGCAAAGGCAGAGAGUAAGAAAGCAAAAGCUCAAAAGAAAGCCGCGAUGCAGCAACCGGUGGAUGAAGAUGAUGAUGAGGAGGAGGAGGGAGAGUGGUGGAAACAGCUCAAAGGCGACGGUGACACCGACGUAGUCGAAGUAGUCUCGCAAACCGACUCAGACGAGGCAGGAGACCAGCAGCAGACAUCGGCCGUGCAAGUCGACGAGCCCGAGUCGGCUGCCCAAACAAGCAGCCCAUCGCCUCCUUCACCUCCUCCGCCUGCCCAACAGAAAGGUAAAGACUUGCCUACCUCUGCACCUCCAGUCCUAUCCAAGCGAGCUGCUCUACUCGCUCAGAUGAAAGCCACCUCUGCGAGCACCUCCACUCCAGCUGCUGUGAAGCCAUUCCAGCCCGUUCAGAGGUACGAGCCGGCCAGCGUGCCUGUCCCGUCGACAGGCGAUGACACUGAAGCCCCACAGCAGUCUAGUAUUGCGUCGAUUGCUUCUGCCAGUUCUUCUGCAGUGCCGACAUCGGCCACGACCGCUACCGCACCAGCCUCCGCGAUCAUCGCCGCCGCCGGACCUUCAGAAGUCAAGAUGGGAAGCCUCAAGGACAUGUUCAAGCCGCAGGCGGGGGGCGGCGCCUCCUCCUUCUCGCUCUUUGGCUCCGGUGCUGCAGGCACAGCUACCGGCUGGGGAAUUGGUGAGGAUGAGCUAGACGAGGACUUCGACUUCGGGUUCGAUGACGGGGAGGAGGAGCAAGGAGCCGCUUCAAACGCUAGUGGUGGGCAAGCACAGAGCAGUGUAUCGGGCGAGGGAGUGAGGGCUCGAAUGUGGGGACAACGCACUUCCGCUGAGGGGGCAGGUCAAGCUGGCUCCACCAAUAGCCAACUUCCCUCGAGCGGUCCUCCCCCCUUCUUCUUUCCGCGCUUCGAUAAUGAUCCUCGCGACCCCGUGACGCUAUUGCAGCGUCCACCCUCCCACUCCCACUCCCACUCCCACUCCUCAAACAGCAGCAAUGCCCCUCUGCAACCCUUUUGGCGCACCGAAUCCCCCGCAGACCUCGAGGCGCUCUGGGCCUCGCGUAAAGUGGAGCUCACACAGGACUAUAAGCGUCGUCAUCGUGAGGCGGUCAAGAAGAAGAGGAGAAGAGUGACGGGCUCGCGACGCGCUGGAGAAGGGAUGGGAGUAGGAGUUGCUUCGAGGAGAUUAAAGUGAGGAGAUGCAGAUCUGUAUUUGCGCUAUUGAUGUUUGUUUGAAUAAUUUUGGAUUGCAGCAGAGGAGUGCGUUGCAUUACAGGAGACCGACAGAAAUUGCAACAGAGC